AUGUGCAUCAAGUCAGCGGUGGCCCUGAACGCAGCGUGCGCGGCGGCGGGCACGCGCCCCGCUCCAAGGUCGGUUGGGACAAGAGCGCUCCUGCUCGGCCGCAGACUGCCCGAGCCCUCGUCAUGCGGAGGCCGCGCCCUUCGCGCUGACGGGCCGCGAUUCCGCCGGGCGGCCGUCGCGACGCGCGCGUCCGGCGACGGUCCCGCGGGCGCGUCUCCCGCGGAGGUGGACGCCGCGACGGGCCUCCCGAUCCGCCGCACGAAGGUCUGCAUCAUCGGCGGGGGUCCCUCGGGGCACACCGCGGCUAUUUACGCCGCGCGCGCCAACCUCAACCCUGUCAUGCUGGAGGGCUUCAUGGCCGAGGACGUGCCGCCCGGGGGGCAGCUGACGAUGACGACGCUCGUCGAGAACUUCCCAGGCUUCCCCGAGGGGGUGAUGGGCCCGGACCUGAUGGCCAUGUGCCGCGCCCAGAGCGUGCGCGUGGGCGUCGAGAUCUUCACCGAGACCGCCAACCCCGUCGACUUCUCCUGCCACCCGUUCCGCUGCCAGACCGACAGCCAGGUCAUCCUCGCGGACGCGGUCAUCAUCUCCACGGGCGCCCACGCGCGCCGCCUGCACUUCCCGGGUGCCGACGACAUGUGGAUGCGGGGGAUCAGCGCAUGCGCGGUGUGCGACGGCCCAAACCCCGUGUACCGCAACCAGCCGCUCGCGGUCAUCGGCGGCGGCGACACCGCGCUGGAGUACGCGCUCCUGCUCGCGAAGUACGGCGCGUCCGUCGACGUCUUCGUGCAGCUGCCGAAACUCAACGCGUCCGCGGCGAUGGUCGGCAAGGCGCAGCGCGAGCCGAAGAUCCGGUUCCACUUCAACGCCGAGGUGGUGGAGGCGCUCCCGGACGACGCCGGGGACCUGCGGGCGCUGCGCGUGCGCGACGGCGACGGCGAGCGCGAGAUGCCGUGCAUCGGCCUGUGGUUCGCCAUCGGCCACGAGCCCGCGACGGACUUCGUGCGCGGGCAGCUGGAGCUGGACCGCCUCGGGUACAUCGUGACGCCCCCGGGGAGCACCGCGACGAGCGUGCCGGGGGUGUUUGCUGCGGGGGACGUGCAGGACAGGCGGUGGCGGCAGGCGAUCACGGCGGCGGGGACGGGGUGCAUGGCGGCGCUGGAGGCGCAGCACCUGCUCGAGCACGUCGAGUACCUGCGCGCGCACAACGACGAGGAGCACCACCCGCAGGCUGGGACGCUCACGCUCGACGACAUGUACCUGGAGGCGCGGAAAGGACUCGAGGCGUUCGACCCGCUCGUGGAGCAGGGGCUCGAGUAG